AGAUUGACCUUGGAUCGUUAUAAUUAAACCAUUUCAGAUUUCUCCAAAAUGCACAUGAUUUACUUCAGUCGUGUUCCUGUGAGCAUGCUUGCUCAUCUUCUCUUCGCGUUAGUUCUAUCAUAUUUUCAGCUUUAUCUCAGCAAAGCCACCACAGAUACCAUCUUCCAGGGACAAUCUAUAAAUGUCUCUGAGACCAUUGUGUCCACUGGGAAUGAAUUUGAACUGGGAUUCUUCCGUCCUGGAAACUCAACUAGCUACUACUUGGGAAUAUGGUUCAAGAAAGUUUCUGAACAAACUGUUGUUUGGGUGGCCAACAGAGAUUCGCCCCUCAGUUCCUCUCCAGUCCUCACCGUCGGCAAGGACGGAAACCUCGCGAUUCUUGAUGGAAGAAUCAGUACUUAUGCAGUGUCGAACGUGUCGAUGGUCGGUGUCACCAGCGCAGCGCUGCUGGACUCUGGAAAUUUUGUUCUGAGGGAUGUGAAUUCUGGUGCCAUAUUAUGGCAAGGCUUUGACUAUCCUUCACACACUCUCUUGCCAGGAAUGAAGAUUGGGUUUGAUCAAAGGAGUGGAAAAACCUGGUCACUGGCUUCUUGGAAGAGCUCAGAAGAUCCUCGUGCCGGUGCUUUCUCGCUGCAGCUCGAUCCUGAAGGACGAAGGGGGCAGCUUUUAAUCAUGCAGGGGGCUAAAAGGUAUUGGGCAAGUGGAACUUGGAAUGGGCAUAGUUUUAUCCUGGCUCUUGACGAGACAUUGGACAGCAUAAACCAUUUCAGUUAUGUUUCCAAUCAGAAUGAGACUUAUUUCUUGUAUUCCAGCUCUAGUGCUGUUAGUGUCACUUCCAGGAUUGUGCUUGAUAUAUCUGGGCAGAUCAAGCUAAUGAUGUGGUCCGAAGAAGCCAAACACUGGAAUUUGAAUUGGUCCCAACCGCGGCAACCUUGUGAGGUUUAUGCUUAUUGCGGGGCUUUUGGAAGCUGCGAUAAGAACGCAGUUCGAUUUUGCGAUUGCAUGCCGGGUUUUGCUCCCCUUAGUACCAAAAAUUGGGAACUUGGUGAUACGUCUGGUGGUUGUGCGAGGGGAGCCCCUUUGGGCUGCCAAAGAGGUACUACAAAUGCUUCCAGUGAAAGAGAUGGGUUUGUUCUGAUUUCCCAAGUGGUAUUGCCCUUGAAUUCUCUAUAUUUGGAAGUUGGAAGUGCAGUGGACUGUGAACUAGCAUGCUUGAACAACUGCUCUUGCUCUGGUUAUGCUCAUGAUUACAGUAAUGGAUGCUUAAUUUGGGUGGGAGACCUCUUUAAUCUGCAAAGGGUCUCAGUCAAUGCCGAUCCUGCCGGAAAAGAAUUUCAUCUCAAACUUGCUGCUCUUGAAGGUGAUUCUAAAGGUUUUGGUAGCAAGAGGUGGAUAUGGAAAAUUAUAAAUCCAAUUAUAUUUCUGACAACGCUUGCUUUGAUCUUUUUCAUUUUCUUUAUCAUGUGGAGGAGAAAGUUCCAUAGAAGAGGUGGCCAAGCAGGGGAGGAUUUGUUAUUGUUCGACUAUGACACCAGCAGCCUAUGGUCAACCGGCAACGAACUCGGUGAAUCAAGUGGGCUAGGGAGCGGUGGGAGGAAGGAUGUUAAGCUACCAUUAUUCAGUUUUGCAAGUGUAUCUGCAGCCACUGAUAAUUUCUCUGCUGUGGGCAAGCUUGGAGAGGGUGGCUUUGGACCUGUUUACAAGGGAUUGUUGCAAAAGGGGCAAGAGGUGGCGGUGAAAAGGCUCUCGAAAGGAUCCUGCCAAGGAUGGGAGGAGCUGAAAAAUGAGGCUGUACUCAUAGCAAAACUUCAGCACAAAAAUCUUGUUAGACUACUCGGCUGUUGCAUCGAGCAGGAUGAAAAGAUGCUGAUCUAUGAGUACUUGCCCAACAAAAGCUUGGAUUUCUUCCUUUUUGAUAGAUCAAAGCGCGGGAUGCUAGAUUGGAGCACGCGCAAACGAAUUAUUGAAGGGAUUGCUCAAGGGCUUCUCUAUCUCCAUGAAUAUUCAAGGUUUCGAAUAAUCCACAGAGAUCUGAAAGCCAGCAACAUUUUGCUGGACAAAGACAUGAAUCCCAAAAUAUCAGAUUUUGGAAUGGCAAGGAUUUUUGGAGCGAAUGAGUCACAGGCAACAAAUCGGAUAGUUGGGACCUACGGCUACAUGUCUCCUGAGUAUGCAAUGGACGGCCUUUUCUCAAUUAAGUCCGAUGUUUUUAGCUUCGGAGUGUUGCUGUUGGAGAUUCUGAGCGGGAAGAAGAACACUGGUUUAUAUUAUAGCCGAUCACUCAAUCUUCUCAUAUAUGCACGGGAUUUGUGGGAAAUGGGCAAGGAGGUGGAGCUGAUAGAUCCAAUACUAAUAGGGGACAGAACUUCAACCCAUGAGCAGCUGAGGUACAUUAAGGUUGCACUUCUAUGUGUCCAGGAAAGUACAGCAGACAGACCCACCAUGUCUGAUGUUGUCUCAAUGCUUAGUAAUGGAACUCAAGUUCUUCCUUCACCCAUUCUACCUUCUUCUUCAAUUGUUAGAAAUGCAUGUGUGACAGUUUCAGCUACACAUGGUUGAAUAGUUUAAACCUCCAUGUUCAAACUCUCUCUGCAUCAUAUUUAAAAUGUUUUGAGGCCAAUAUAGUUCAUUUGCUCAGAUGGUUGCAUUGGUGAAUA